AAUCAGAUAUUCUCCAUUGCCAAGUUAAAGAAGAACUGUUCCAAAUUUAUUGAAUUCUUAACAAAUAAUAUUUAUUUUAAUUUAACAUAGACCGAUAAAUAGACGUAGAAAUGAAUUACUUGAUACAGCGCGGAAAAGUCCGCCAGCAGGCGAUUAAUUGUCCGGAAGGCCUUCCGGAAAUACUUGCGGACAUCACACGCGAGGUCCUGCGCUGCCAGCCUACAAAGGAAUGCCUCUGCCAGUUCAUUAUUGACUAUCUGCACUCAGUGAUUGUGACACGGGAGAAGGCCUUGGUUGCUAGAAGCAUCCUGGACCGCGCUCUGCGGCAGGUUGAGAACAUCAUCUCGGACCUGUGCGUCUGCGAUCUGACUAAAGAAAAGUCGGACAUGAUGGCACAGGUGAUGGAGGAUUGCUUCCGCAACUUUCUCGAGCGGCGUCGCUGCGAGAUGCGCCGCGGCAAGGAGACAAUCAACUUGGAGGACAUCGAUAUAUUCGAGGAGCUGCUGUUGAAGUGCAAGUUCUCCGAGGAGGAGCUGGCCAUAUCCCGUCCGGCCGUCGAGAGUGCCUACAAGCGCUUCGUGGAUGCCUACAUGGCGGCUGCACGCGGCGCCGAUGGCACAGAGCUGCUUUACCAGUACUUCCGCGAUCGGGAGCUCAAGCGCAUCCGCGAGGCCAUGCGCGAGCAGUCAGCCACCAUUAUCCAGGCCGCCUGGCGUGGCUAUCUAGUGCGCGCCAACCUGCCGCAGCACAUAUGCACCUGCACCUGCAUGGUGGUUGAUGAGGCGGCUAAUGAGGAGGACUUGCGCAGGGAGCACGCUGCUCGUGUCAUUCAGCGCUUCUUCCGCACCUGCCUAACGCACGUGGCUCUCAAGCCUAUUGUAGAUCCCUGUGGGGAGGUGACAGAGGCCUCCGACAAAGAGAGCAGCACACCGCCCGAAGAGCCGACGAAGGCUGAGGCAGACUCGGGUCUAGUGCCACCAACUCCUCCUCCAACCGCUGCAGAUACUGUCGCAGUCACUGCCCAACCUUCGGAUACCGAGAUGGCCGCGGAUGUCCCACCAGAAGAGGAAGCCCCCGCUGCAGUGUCCGAACCAGAUGCAGCUUCGGAGCCAGUGGCUGAUGUUGCGGCCCCUGAGGAGCCGACAGAUGCCGUCGUCGAAGAGGCCCCAGCUGCCGAAGAAGCCCCUCCACCGGCAGAGGAGGCGCCGCCAGCAGAAGCAGAGGAACCACCAGCCGAGGAGGCACCAGCAGCUCCUGAGGAGCCACCACCGCCGCCACCAGAAGAGGAGGCCCCAGCCGCAGCUCCAGAGGAGGCAGAGGCUCCUCCGCCCGAAGAAGCCCCCGCCGAGGCACCAGCCGAGGAAUAGAAUCUAAAAACGAAUUUAGUUCCGCUUUAUAAAUUUAUGUUAUCUGCAUGCUAAGUAAAAGAGGCGAGGGAGGGGACGAUCCCUGCCCCCUACGA